GCAGGAGCCCAGGGCUGCUGUCUCACCUUUGCUCCAGCGCUGACUCAGGCUCCCACGUGUCCCUUUACGCAAGAGCCCUGCUGGCAGGGGACUCUGGCCGGGCGGCCCCCGCUGGCCUGGCCCUGGCUAAAGGGCAGGACCAGCCCCUGUAAAGGCAGCGGUGACAGAGCUCAGGCUCAAUUCUGUCACUGGGAUUGCCAGAGGGGACAUCUGGAGCAGACGGGAGCUGAAAGCAGCGGAAGAACCCCUGGAGCGGAGUUGGACGUGCUGGUGGGAACACCUCUAGAGCUGACAGGAACCACUGUCCUUCCUCCCCGCAGGCUGCUCCGUGCUCCUUGGAAGAUGGACUACGCCAAAUCCCUGAGCCAGCGCCUGGCUGCCCCCGUGUCCAAAUGUGUCUCAGCCAGCGCCUCCAUGACCCAGCAGCUGUUGGCAGGCCCGGCCCCACGGCCCCGGCCCUACCGUGUGUGUAACGGGGACCGCAGCCUGCGCAAGGGCGUCAUGGCCCCCAGCCUCGCCGAGCUGCUGUGCCAGGCCCAGAGCGCCCUGGCCCUGCCCGCGCCCAUCGCGCUGGUGCUGGAUGAGGACGGCACGGCCGUGGAGACUGAGUCCUUCUUCCGGACCCUGGAGGAGGGCACGGCCCUGAUGGCCCUGAGCAAGGGGCAGACCUGGACUGCCCCUAAGACACGUGGCUACCAGGUGGGCCUGUCCCGCAAGCCCCCGCGCAGGAUCGACGUCGCCUGCGUCACCUUCGACCUGUACAAGACCCACCCGAAGGACCUGGGCUGCCUCAACGUCAAAGCCACCCUGUAUGGCACCUACAGCAUGUCCUACGACCUGCGCUGCUACGGGGCCCGGCGCCUGGUGAAGGAAGCGCUGCGCUGGGCACUGUUCACCAUGCAGGCCACGGGCCACGUCCUGCUGGGCACCUCGUGCUACAUGCAGCAGCUCCUGGAUGCCACCGAGGAGGAGCAGAAGGAAGAGGAGAAGAGCUCGCUGCCCCUGCAGAACCUCCUGCCCUGCAGCCUCCCUGCCCUGCCCUGCAGCCUCCCUGCCCUGCCCUACAAGAAGAUGUCACAGUGAGGCUGGCUGGCCUGGCCUGUCCCCUCCGCUGUCCCCCCAACCCUUGGGGGUCCCAGCACCCUGCUAGGUCAAUGCCUGGGCAGAGGCUGCCACAGUGCCUGGCACAGCCUCUCCUUGCACUCCGCUGGCUGAGUGUGGCCAAAUCUGCUCUGGAAUAGCUGCUGCUCUGUAAAUAUAUUUAUUUAAGUAAAGUUCUCCUGAAUUCA